CUCAGACUCUCUUGGCAAUGGCGAAGAAUUGGUGGCGACUUCUCCUCCUGGCGUUCCUAAUCCUAGGGCUAAUGCCUGGCAUGAGUCACCAGGCUGCCCUUUCCGAUUCGGAUUACUAUACGGCCGGAGUGGUGGAGUUCCGCCAGUCGAUCCUCAGUCUGUCGGCCUGGUCGGACGCCCUCGAGGGCUAUGUGGAGAUAAUAAACUCGGAGAAUGCCAGUGCCACGGACAUUAUUGUGUUCCCGGAGAGCACCCUCAAUUCGGUGGGUUCUACUACCUUUGUGCCCAAUCCCGAGGACCAGAUAAAUCCCUGCCUGAGUGACCCCGAGUUCAAAGUUUACGAGGAGUUCCUGGUGACCCUGUCGUGUGCGGCCCGCAAUGCCAGCAAAUACAUUGUGAUCAAUCUCACCGAGAAGCAGAAGUGCGAGGAUGUGCCGGAGGAUACGAGGCCCUGUGCCUCCAAUGGACUGAAUGUCUUCAAUACCAACGUGGUCUUCGAUCGCCAGGGAGUGGUGGUGUCCAGAUACCGGAAGGUGCACCUGUACGGCGAGGCCAAGAACAACACCUACCUGCCGGAACUGAGCACCUUCGAGACGGACUUCGGGGUCACCUUCGGGCACUUCAUCUGCUUCGACAUUCUCUUCUAUACCCCAGCCCACCAACUCAUCUUGGAGCAGGGCAUCACGGACUUCGUCUACCCGGCCAUGUGGUUCUCCCAGCUGCCCUUCCUUACAGCUGUUCAGACCCAACAAGGUUGGGCCUAUGCCAACGAUGUCAAUCUCCUGGCUUCUGGGGCCAGUCGUCCCUCGAUUGGCAACAGUGGCUCGGGCAUUUAUCAUGGACGCUCGGGCACUUUGACCAGUGUCAUGAAUCAGGAUUCCGGUGAGCGGGCCAUCUAUGUGGCCCAGGUGCCCAAGUAUUCGCGCAGUAGGACUCUUCAGAAACGUGUGAGGAGGAGCACGCCGGAGGUGAAAUCCCGCCAGGUGGCGUCUUCAACGAGUUUCUACAUGAAGCGCGAUUAUGUGCAGAACUACGAGACGGAGUUGCUUCAGUUCGACGAGGGAAAUAGCGGCGCCAUUAAUAGGACCAUCUGCCAGGGAAGCUUUUGCUGCAACUUCGAUAUAGCCUGGAGAUCCCUGGGAACUGCGGUGGAGAACGGCAGCUACUAUAGCUAUCGGCUGGGGACCUACGAUGGUUGGCGCAACGAGCAGCAGGUGGAUGCCAAUUACAUUCGCAACUGCGGAGUGUUCACCUGUUCCGGUGAGUCCAUCGAUGAUUGCGGCAAACUGCUGGCCACCGAGGGCGAGGCUCAGCAGUCGCGGGUAACCUUCACGCGUCUGGAGAUCGGGGUCACCUAUCCAGAGUCGCGAGAGUUUCUGCUGUUUCCCGACACCCUGCUGGAUAAUCUGCUGCCCCUGGAACCGAAUCAGUUCGAUUGGUCGCAGCAGAAGCCCUCUGACGAUAGCUACGUGCACGAAGUUCGCUUUGCUCUCAAGGAAUCCCAGGAGGUGAGCAACCUGUUGACCUUUGCCAUCUAUGGCAAUUACUAUGACAACGAGUGCACUUUUGGCGUUGGCACCGAGGAGGAGCAACUGGCCUGUGGCUACAGAAGCGGAUCCACGAGGCUUAGCAUCUAUGGGGGGUGGCUGGUUAUCCUGGCUAUUGCCUUGACCGGCGCUCAAUAAGAUCAAAGUGGAAAUUAUCUAAGGAUCACAAUUUUUUUUAUACACCUAUUGCUCGAUACUAACAGUAUUUAUAUAAUAAAAAUUAAUAAAAAUUACUUUCGACUGGUA